AUCUAUCAAUAAUAUUUUAAAGAAAAUAUUAUAACAAUUUUCUACACCAAAAUAAUUUUGGUACCCAAAAUAAUUCUUUCCCUCCCAUUGCUCUUUCCCCAGGCAAGUGGAUAAACACAAAGGAAUUCCAUGUAUUGCCUUCACUAAUGAAGAGAUAUUUAACUUAUGUUAAUUGAACUUCAUUUGAGACAAUGUCUUUGUUAAUCCCUGUAAGUGCUCAUUUUGGAGCUCAGUACUCAGCUUGUUCUGACAUCUGUGAAGCCAUCAACAACAUUGAGAAGAACUUGAGUCCUGACCAAUUGGAACAAUUUCGCAAGACUCCAAUUGGCCACUUCAUGGGGCUUAAGAACCUCCAAUUUUCUGGCCAGAUCAUUCACCAAAUGCUUUUGUUGCUUGUUGAGGAUCAACCUCACGAUGAAUUCUGGAUCCUCCGAAAUGGUGAAAUUGUCAAAUUCACUUUCAACGACUGGUGCAGAAUUACAGGGUUGCCGAACACAAAUAGGUACCCAGCUCUUAAGGAUAAAGAGCUUGGACAGAGCUCACUGUGUCACACAUUCUUAGGCGGGGGGGUCACAAAGUGCACCUUCAAGCAUGUCCGAGAGAAGUAUGUUGCAGCGGAGAAUAACAUGGAUUCAAAGAAAAUGGUUGACUUUUCCAUGCUCUACUUCAUUGAGUCUGUCCUUUUAGCAAAGGAUAGAUCUACAUGCAUCCAAUCAACCCAUUUGCAUCUUGUCGAAGAGCCCAAAAAAUUCAAAUCUUAUCCAUGGGCUUGGGAGUCGUACUUACUUACUAUACGACAUAUGAAAGGUGCAAUGGAUGGUCAGCCCGAAAAAUUUGAAAAAAAGAGCAAGGAAACCCCAAACUACAAAUCCUUAAAAUACACCUUCUAUGGUUUUCCAUUGCCUAUUCAGGAACCCCAAGACAACAUGACUACUACCCUUAAUUCUCAAGAAGCUCUUCCAAUUCCAAGUGAUACACAUAUGUUUGAAGUGGAUUCACAUAUGGUUGAAGUGGAUGACAAGGAGGGUGACGAUUUAGAUGAAGACAAGCUUCUGAUGGAAUUGACUCUCAACAAGGAAAAGCUGUUGGAUAAGGGGAAACAUGUCAUCAACGAACCUUUACAGAAGAGAAAGAGACAAAAAUCAAAGUACUACUGCAGCCCAUUUACAGACCCCCGACCGCACAAUGUCUCUCCCACGACAAUUGAACUACAGUCCAAAGGUGUUGGCCACGUCACUCGAGACUUCUUCCGUGAUCUUAUAGAUCAGGAAAAAUGGCUAAGCAAUGAUCACCUGGAGGCUAUUAUGGACAAUAUGAUGGAAGUUCUCAAUGGGAUAGAGCGCAAGAACUACAUUGUUGUUGGACCAGUGUUUGUGAUUUUUUUGCCUGUGAAUGGAGAUGGGAGGUAUUGGCUUCUAGCUGAAAUAGAUCUCUUACGAAAUCAAGUUCGAGUUUAUGACUCCUUGAAAGGGCCGAAAUCCUCCUUCUACGUUAAAGAAGUAGUAAGAAGAAUACCCCCCCUACUUCGCACGGUUAAGGGUGUGGGUGCAAACACUUUGGAGAAGGAAUGGGAAACAUUUGUUGUCAAUGAUAUUCCGCAACAAGACUCUAGGUAUGGCAAUUGUGGAGUGAUGGUGCUUGCAUAUCUAGAGUAUUUGUUGGUUGGCUUACCAUUAAGUCGAGACUGCAGUUCUGAACACAUGCUUGAUUUCCGAUGUCAAUUUGCAGCUAGGUUAUGGCGUGGAAGGAAAACUACCAAUAUUUAGCUUUUUUACUUUACAAUUGUAGGGAUCUUAAAUUUUUGUGGAACUCUUUGUAAUGGUUUUUUGUGCUUUGUAAUGUAUUUUUUGGGGAAACACUUGUUAAUGAACAAUCUGUUACUGU